ACCCAUAGGCCUUGCAGGGAAUUCGAGCGAAAAUACAAGCCGCACAUGCAUUUUGCAUUGCUGAUUACCGACACACUCAGCAGACGACAUCCAUACUGCUGUUCUCGUAUCGUGAGAAUCUGAACCCGUCGUAUACCCGCCACAAGUUUUAUAUGGAUUUUACAGGAUAUUUUAUACGGGAUAUUAUCAAUUUUGAUUUCAUUGCAUUAGCAUCGGACCCUUAUUACAGGAGUACACAUUAAGAGUUCGUCAUCUUCACUUGAAUCAUACUGACUGGUUCCAUGAUUUUCAAGUUGUGCAAAGUGGAAAUGGAUAUCUACCGGGAUUGGAGCUCAGAGGUGAAAGUUAGAUAAAAAACUGUUCAACAGAGAGGAUUAAAAAAUUUGAGUGUGUCAAAAGUUUGGAAUCUAACAAAUAAUUUUCCAUGAUGACGACCUGCAUGCUUCAAGGAAAGCGGUUCUACUGCCGUGAAUGGGCCUUCCAGAAGCUUGUCCAUGGCUUGGACAACAGACAGGCUUCAAGAACAUGUGGAACUCUAAUUAUGGGAGGUCCAGGAAGUGGAAAGACGGCGGUCUGCUCCGAAAUUGUCUGGCCGACUAGUUCGGGGAAGCAACGUAGCCUUACAAAGAGGAUGCUGGCAUAUCAUUUCUGUGAGGCUCACAAUCGAGAAUCCCUGUCCGUGUCAAAGUUCAUUCUAGGACUGGUCAACAUGAUCACACGCUCCACUCUCAUCCAUGGCUAUGACGAGAAGCUGAGGGACCCAAGUGUGCAAGCCGUCCUAGAGCCUGCUGCCUGUGAGCGUAAUCCAGAUGAAGCAUUCAAGAAUGGAGUCUUGGUGCCUCUUUGUUCUCUAAACCCACCAUCUCGUAACUGCUUCAUUCUUGUGGAUUCUUUGGACGAGGCUUAUCCUGUGAUGGAAGGAGAUAGUCCUGCAGGAAGCAGAACCAUUGCAGAGCUUCUUGCAAAUCACCAUGAACUUUUUCCACCUUGGCUCUGCCUCCUGUGCAGUGCGCGCCGUCAAAGUAAGACUGUUACGCGUAUGUUCACAGGUUUUCGUAAGCUCAGCCUGGACGAUCUUCGCAAGUCCCAUGUAGUGAGGGAUGUACAGCAGUACAUAUUGAGGAGACUAGAUCAUGAGGAGGCAAUACGUACGCAGCUGAGUAAAGACACUGCAGAAAUGCUGAAUCAGUUGCAUAUCAAGAGCAAUGGGUGCAUCAUGUAUCUGGAGAAAGUGCUGGAUGGAGUGGCAGAUGGCUUCAUUUCACUUCAAGACAUCACUGAAAUUCCAGGAACUCUAAAUGGAUUGUACCUAUGGUUGUGCCAGCGCCUGUUCCUGAAAAAGCAGUUUACGAAAAUCAGACCGGUUCUUGGAGUAAUGCUUGCUGCUCAGUGCCCUCUUACUGAGCUUGAACUUUAUGCAUGUGCAAAGACUCGCAAUUUUGCCCUGACAAGAGAGGAGUUUCAGGACAGGCUGAAGAUGAUGUGCAAAAUUCUGGUGAGAAGUAAGGACAACCGGAUUCUAAUAUUUCAUUAUAGCUUCUCUGAAUGGCUGCUUGAUGUCAAAUAUUGCACACAGAAGUACAUGUGCAGUCUCACUGAAGGCCACACCAUGCUUGCAUUGAGGUAUACAUGUAGUGCUCCAGACUUGACCCCUUCACAGGUGCAGGACUUUGCAAGAAAUCUGAUCCAAGCAGGGAUUUCACCACCUCUAGAUAGUAGCCAUCUAGCACUGUGGCUAAUUUGGGCCGGUACACCACUCUAUGAUUGCCUAGCUUCUCAGUCCCCAAAGGAUAAGCAAGUCACACAACUAUUGGUCAGUGCUGGUGCUCGAGUUGUAGAUAUGGACAGGAAUUCUUUGAUUCUCCAAGAUGCUCUUGAGAAACAGGAAUCUCUGCAUUCACUCAUUAGUAGUGGUGCAUCAAUAAACCAAGUUGAUAGCAAUGGUCGCUCACUUCUUGCCAAUGCUGCCUACAGCGGGAAUCUGGAAGUUGUUCAAUCAUUACUCAUCUAUGGUGCAGAUGUUGGAGUAACAGAUAGGACAGGCCAAACAGCUCUUGGGUUGGCAUCUCGACAUGGACAUAUGGAAGUUGUUGCUUUGCUGUUGAGCCAUGAUGCUGAGGUUGAUCAUGUGGAUCAUGAUGGAUGGACACCUUUGCGCUCUGCAGCCUGGGCUGGCCAUACAGACGUUGUUACAACACUUCUCAACAAAGGAGCAGUAGUGGAUUGUAGUGAUCACAAUGAAAAGAGAACUGCAUUGAGAGCAGCAGCAUGGGGCGGUCAUGCAGAUAUUGUGAAAACUCUUGUUGAUCAUGGUGCCAAUGUCAAUCAAGCGGAUCAUGAAGGAAGGACUGCACUUAUAGCUGCAGCAUACAUGGGACAUAGUGCUAUUGUGGAAUAUCUUGUAAACAAUGGGGCAGAAAUAAACCAUGAGGACUUUGAUGGUCGUACUGCAUUGUCUGUUGCCGCAAUGUCCAUCGCUGUUAAUCAGGGACAUACUGAUGUUGUUACACUUCUGAUUGAGAAAGGUGCUGCUGUUGAUCAUAGGGACCAUGAGGGAAUGUCACCACUGUUGGUUGCUGCCUACGAAGGCCACCAAACUGUUGUUGAACUACUGUUAGAAGGUGGAGCUGAUGUUGAUCAUACUGACAAUAACAACAGGACAGCAUUGAUUGUAGCUGCUUCUAUGGGACACCCCACAAUUGUUAGGACACUUCUCUAUUGGGGUGCUGCUGUGGAUACAAUCGAUGGAGAAGGAAGGACGGUAUUAUCUAUCGCUGCAUCUCAAGGUAAUUGUGAGAUUGUCCGCAUGUUGCUGGAGAGGGGAUUAGAUGAGAUGCACAAAGAUAACCAUGGAUGGACACCAUUACAUAUGUGUGCUUAUGAGGGUCACCAAGAUGUCUGCCUUGCAAUCCUUGAGCAGGGGCCUCAUGUCACUGUGGACAUUGCUGAUCGGGAUGGACGUACUCCUCUUGUACUUGCUGCUCAAGAGGGGCAUAUGGAAGGUGUGAAGGUAUUGCUGGUGCAUGGUGCCAACGUUAGUCAUUGCUCCCAUGAUGGUCGUACAGCACUCAGGGCAGCUGCAUCAGAGGGACAUCAGGAACUUGCGUGCUUAUUCUUGGAGCAUGGUGCAGACAUCAAUUACAGAGAUGCUGAAGGAAGAUCAACUAUGUAUAUGCUUGCCUUGGAAAACAAACUCCCUAUGGCUCAGUUCUUUUUGGCAAAUGGUGCCGAUACCGAACUUUGCGACACAGAAGGUAGAACCGCUCUCCAUGUAGCAUCAUGGCAAGGCCACUCUGAUAUGGUCUCUCUCAUCCUCCAAAGUAAUGCAAAUCCCAAUGCAGUUGAUAAGGAACGCAGGUCUGUGCUGCAGUCAGCAGCAUGGCAAGGCCAUGUCUCUGUGGCAAAGGUAUUAUUGGAAAGAGGAGCUGAUAUCAACCACACAUGUAAUCAAGGUGCAUCUGCACUUUGUAUUGCUGCACAAGAAGGCCACGUCGAUGUUGUCAAAGCCCUUCUCCAGUAUGGCGCUAAUCCAAAUCAUGCUGAUGAGCACGGACGUACACCAAUGAAAGUUGCCUUGAAGGGUGGCCACGAGGAAGUCAGUAAGUUAUUGGAAGAUUAUGGUGUUCAAAAUCCCUUGUCACCUCCAUCAAGCAGAGCAUCUUCAAAGAGAAGUGGUAGUUCUUUGUCAUCAAGCAACAGUGACAAUAAGCCAUCAGUUUUAACUAAUGGUGCCUUACUCCAAGGUAGUUCUCCCUCAAACUCUCCAGACUCUACUUAUGACAAGAGAAAAUCUUGCACUUCAAAUCCUUCAACAAAGUCGUCAUCAAAUCUAACAAACUCUACCAACAACUCAUGCUUGCAUCUAAGUGCAAUGAGGGAAAACCGAACAACAACGUCUUUCACAGAGCAGCUACAACAACACAUGGUGUCACACAAGAGAGCCCCUUCCCCACGAACAUGCUCUCCAGACCCCAAUCUGAUGAGAAAUGGCACUCCAACAAAAAUUACACCAACAAGUUCUUUCCAGACAAUACCUGAAAACAUCACUACAGCUCAUAGUUCAGAGCAGCUGCAAGGAACCCCAAAACAUGGUAGUAGAAGACAGCCAUCUGGACCAUCCAGUGCUGCAUCCCGUAGAACACAGUCACCUGCUCAUACAUCUCGGUCGUCAUCUCCUUCAAUGCAUCAACAACGGGAACAGCUAUCAGCAACCCCAAGUGAAGGAUCCUCCCAACCAUCUCCACGGCACUCCCCUAGGCGCCAGAGCUCUUCAAGCGCUCCAAGCUCCCCAACUAAUUCCGAUGAGCGGAAGCCACCACCAACCCCUCAGAGAGUGCGGAAGUCUUCAAAUCCCCUUCCUAAUGGAUCAUCACAGCAUGUGAUGGUACACAAUGUGAAGUCUGCUUCACCAUCACCAACAAGACGUCCCGUACCCCGGACAAGCAGUCAGCAGAUGCCUCCGAAGAUGGGCAAUGGGCACUAUCAAAAUCACCAAGAUGUUCAAUCUCCUUGGCAUAAACAGCAAAGUCACAUGCACCUGAUCCAACAGCACCAAGAAUGCCAGCAAUCUCUGUACAGGGCCAGCUCCCUCGGAAGCAUCAACAGCCAGGAAUUGAACACUUCCUUCCAGAACCCUUCUAACGGUUCUCAUUACCCUCCUCAGGAUUACUCCCCACGCCUAUCCCGUAAGCAGAUGAACGAGAGCAACGGUUCCUGCCAUCACUGUGGACAGCUCCAACCAUCUCCCACACAUGGUGCUAAGCACUCAUUUCAACAAUCUGUAAUCAUGCAACAGAAUGAAAUGAAGAUGGGCUCAUCCCAUCAUCGCUCAAACUCUCAACCUGUGAACCUGACACCUGAUCAGGUCCAGGCCUUUGCCCGCAAGGCCUCCCUUCCUGGCUCCUUCAACCAGAUCAACAUCCAACGCUUGAUGGGUGCCCAAAACAAUCGUGUUCCAGGAUCACCUGAACCACGUACCAGACGCAAUGGCAUCUGUACCAACCCUAAGUUUCAACGAAAGGCAAACGUACCCCAAGGAAAUACUGGAUUAAACACUAGCCAAGGAAUGCUUAACCAAUCUGGGAUUAUUACAAAUGGAAAUGGAUUAUCAGCUCUGGAGAUUAAGCAAGCUGCUAAGAUUGGAUUUGAAGGGCCUUCCAGGAAUGGCUACAAGAAGGAGACACCCUUAUAAUGGUGAGUUAGUUUGUUAUUUUUUAUCAUUUGCAUUAUCAUUUUUAUUAUCAACAAAAUGGGUGUCCAAAAUGCAGACAUAAUAUUGAUUUAUUUCUGCCAAACCACCAACAUCUUCCUGAACCAGUGUUAUCUGUUGAUAAAUAUCAGCCUCUACAUUUUUAACCUGGUUUAAUUGUUGGUACUAUUUGUACUGUCUGAAUCAGAAUUAUUCCUCUCAAAUUGUCCUGACCCAAUUUGACCUAGAGAGCAUUUGAUGAAACUCAAUAGCCAGAAAUUUUCACUGACAAUGUGAGCAACUGAGAUCCUUGCAUCUAAUUGGUUCAGUACAGAAUAUUCAAUGAAAAUCACUGGCAAGUUGCCCCGACACGAAACGCUCCCCUCGACAACCAUUGGUCCUAUGACCGACUGUAUGGUGGUAACAAGAACCUUGACUCCUUUGUAAUCCCUCAAGAACGCCCUGUCUGCUCUUUGAGAUCAGUUACAUCUUAUAAGGUCAAGUUAUUGGUCACGUUUAUGUCCUUACCACCUGUAUACGGCUGCUGCUGACCUGAUAGGGUGUGGUAUGCCCAUCUGCCACAACCAAUCAUACUGCUGUAGCCCAUUCAGACUAAAGGAAAUGUAGUGGAAACUGCACUGUUUGAGCUAAAAAAGAAACUGAGAUUACAAUUUGUAUACAGUACUAGAAAGUAACCAGAAAUCUAUUAGGAAAAAUUGUUCAUACAUGUAUGUGAUAAGUUUCCUUCAAAAUAUUGCGUUUACAAACACAGUUUUGAUUAACAUGAAAUUGGUUUGCUGGUUUGCUCCAAAGAAGCUUGAAAUAUUGAGAAGACAUUGACCCCAUUGCAUGGAAGUCACUGUCUUGGUAACUUUGCUAUCCAAUGGUAACUUCCAUGAAAUCUUUCAUUGUUAUUGGCUGUUGAACAUUGUUACCAUUACCAUUGGAUGCCAAAGUUGCCAUGGUAGUAAUUUUUAUGAUAUGAGACCCUGACUAAAUCACUAAGGGUUUCCUUGUAUUAAAUGAGUAAUCUUUGCUGAAUUUAAGAGGCCAAUCAAUUUUGAUUUGAAACCCAGCCCUUAUAUUUCAAAGCUCUUCGACCACUGAGCCAUUGUACUUUCUCAGACAUUCGGGUGAGGAUACAAAAAUGAUUAUGCACAUUUUAUGCUGUAUGUCUGAUGAGAGAUGAAAGUCUGAACAUCUGGCUACCCUCAUUUACUUCUAGAAUCCCAGUACUAGUAGCCAAUAAAACUUCUAUGGGAUACAGGAAACUGCUUGUUGUUCAAAUUACAUGAUGCAACUGACAGUACUCUCGGUGAUGGUGCUUGUCUGCACUACAUGAAGGGGAAUAAAGAGGGGGGAAAUGAAUAAAAAUAGAAGGAAACUGACAAUUGUGUGAUUUCCUGUCAGAAUUGGAGUUAUGAUCUUGUUUGGUUUUGUCCCUACUCCCUUCCAAGAGUAGAAAUAAUUUUUCCCACGCUCGCUCAGGAGACAGUUAAAAGAAGGAAUGAUGCCUUUGACUUCGGUGACUUGACAUGAUGAUUUACACGGAGCAAUUGAAAUGGUCCCUGGGCCUAUUAUGCUGGAAUCUACAAGGAGUCCAGUAGUCAGCGUAAUGUUACAAAUUUGAGUUGAAUUCUAUCAAGCUCUUUAUUGUCCUGGGAAGAAUGGUCCAGACACGGCUCGGUGAAUCACUGACAUUCGAUGUAAUACCAAUUCAAAUCUGAAAACUCAAUUGAACUCAUUUGCAGAUUAUUCUAUUUGAUACAUUUGUUGAUAAGAGAAUUUGCAAUCUGUUAUGGUUUGAGGUCUGUAUCAACUUGAGAUUUUAAUUACUUUUGAUUUGAAGUUUUGAACCACAAUCUUUGAUCAGAUCUUCUGAUAGCAUUAUAUACUAGAAUACUUAUCUCAAUACUGUCAUUGAAUCUUAGUUCAAAUCCUAAAAAAAAAAGUACUAGAACUAGAAUAGACCAGUUAUUUUCAGAAAGGAAUUUGGCAGAAAUUCUAACAUGGGAUAAUUUGAUUUAUCUAGUCUGGCAAUUUUUAAUCUCAUGAUGUAAUUAUUGGUAUUUUGCAUUGCCCCCUUUCUCAUUAUCUUUCCCUUUCUAUCAUGCUCUCUUUCUUUGAAUAUGAUGCUGUCGCUCCCCUCUGCUUUGCUCUGUCCUUGUCUUUGCAGUAACUUUCUGCAUAGAAUCUUUCUCUUCUCAGACUUUUUUAAAUUUCACCAUGGAUCCCACUACUAGAAAGGAAUGUAGAGAAUCUUGUGUCACAUUUCAAUAGUUUCUCAUGGCAGGGUUUUGCUCACACUCUCCCAAACAAGAAGCUGAUCAAAGUCUGUUUGAAGCUUUUAUGUAGGAUCUAACAUUUUAAUAUUACAAAAAUAUG